ACUAGUGCCACCUCCAGUUUUGUGAUUGUGUCAAAAAUACAGGGUUUUAUUGUUGCACUAGCAAUUUAAUCCGAGGAAUAUAUAUUUUGUGUAGAGUUAUGUUCGAGACGUCGUUGCCAGCGAUUCAAGAGGCGAGCGGUCACACGUGUAUGUGUUUCACUGGCGUUGGCAUUCGUUAUUAAUUAAAUCAGCCGCCAACAGCUGAGCGAGAGAGCAAUUGAGAGCAACAGGAGAGGAUCCACUUCCAAUCGAAUCGGGUGGAAUCGAAUAGCAGGGGCUUGAUUCCACACUGCCGUUUCGGCAGCCGGCAAGAUUUCACGAAAUCUAAUGGCCAAGGACGAGGAGGAUGACCUGCUGCCCGACAAGGAUGCGGCCAAGGGCUUCUAUGCCAAAUACGAACCCAAGGAGAUUCUGGGCAGGGGCAUCAGCUCGACCGUGAGGCGAUGCAUCGAAAAAGAGACCGGCAAGGAGUUCGCCGCCAAGAUCAUCGACUUGGGCGCCACCACAGAGUCGGGCGAGACCAAUCCAUAUCACAUGCUGGAAGCAACCAGACAAGAAAUCUCAAUACUGCGCCAGGUCAUGGGGCAUCCCUACAUAAUUGAUCUGCAGGAUGUGUUUGAGUCAGAUGCAUUUGUUUUCCUCGUCUUCGAGCUGUGUCCCAAAGGCGAACUCUUCGACUAUCUGACCUCUGUGGUGACGCUCUCCGAGAAGAAGACGCGCACCAUUAUGCGACAGAUCUUCGAGGGCGUCGAGUACAUACACGCCAAGAGCAUUGUCCAUCGGGAUCUUAAGCCCGAGAACAUCUUGCUGGACGAGAACCACAACGUUAAGAUCACUGACUUUGGCUUCGCCAAGCAGUUGCAAGAGGGCGAGAAACUUACAAAUCUGUGCGGAACGCCGGGCUAUUUGGCACCCGAAACGCUCAAGUGCAACAUGUUCGAGGGAUCCCCCGGCUACUCGCAGGAAGUAGACAUAUGGGCCUGUGGCGUGAUUAUGUUCACGCUGCUCGUCGGUUGUCCACCUUUCUGGCACCGCAAGCAGAUGGUUAUGCUGCGGAAUAUCAUGGAGGGCAAGUACAGCUUCACCUCGCCGGAGUGGGCUGAUAUUUCAGAGGAUCCCAAGGAUCUGAUACGCAAAUGUCUAGUCGUUGAUCCUGCGCAACGUAUAACCGUCAAGGAAGUAUUAAGACAUCCAUUCUUCAACCAAAUGCUGUUCGAGCAAAACAUUGAUGGCCUCAAGCGCAGCCUGUCGACCAAGUCCCGACGAAUGAGUCGCAUCACUGAGAUCGCACUGGUGUUAAUGGGUGACCGUCGGCAUCCGGCCCCGCCCAUCGCGGCCGCCCACACGAACAGCAGGCACCUGCUCCAAUCCGAGACGUCAUCGAAUCGCUUUAGGCAGCUGAACAGCAGUGGCGCCGGUGUCCCCAAUUACCUGUACUGUGCGCCACAGAGCUCCUACUCGUCGAAUCGAAUGCGCGACGGGCCGCUGGACGAUGCGGCUGCCAGUGCUGCAUCCGCCACCUGCCAUGCCAUGUCGCCAUCCAGCGCCUCCAACUCCUACGCCACCAGCACCAACACCAACACCUCGGCCUUGGCAUCCGCCUCCUCCCACAAAACGCUCACGGCGACGGUCUACUAUCAGCAGCAGCCGCAGCAGCAUCAGACGCAGCAGCAGCAGCAGUACCAGCAGCAACAGACGACACAGCUGCCGGUGCAGCUGCAGUUGCAGCAUCAACAAUUGCAGGCCGGUGGCGAUGGCAAGCAAUCGGUGUAUGCACCUCCUACAGUGCAGCUGCGCAAACAAAGUCGCUUCAACGCGCGCAAAAAGUUCCAAUUCGCCAUACUCGUGAUACGGGCCGUCAUCCGCAUACGGCGCCUGCGCUUCACCGCCGAGCCGCUGCACGUUGAGGAGGCCAUCCGGGAUCCGUAUCGCGUCAAGGUUCUGCGCAAGGUCAUCGAUGGCUGUGCCUUCCGUGUCUACGGGCAUUGGGUCAAGAAGGGUGAGGGCCAGAAUCGGGCCGCCCUCUUCGAGAAUACUCCGCGCACCGAGCUCCACGCGCUCUAUAUCAACAAUCUCAGCCGAUAGAAGUCGGUCGGGCAUGGGGCAUGGGGCUUGGGGCAUGGGACGUGGGGGGUGGCAGCGUCCCGCUGAUCUACACGAGCACACACACACACAGAAAGCAAAAAAAGGAAACACAGCAACAAGAAACCUAGAAACAAACAAACAGACAAACAAACGAAUUAGCAAAAGCAGGAAAUUGCGAUUGCAACUGGAGAGACACCACACCAAAAAGGAUUCAAUCCAUCCAUACAUUCGGCUCGUUCUGGACGGAUAUACAAAUCGCCUAGUAACAUUACCUCCCUGCCUUCGUCGUCCUUGUGAUUUUGUUUAAUACUUUUAAAUUCGAUUUUAUUGCGUCUAAUGCGCCAGCCAUCUAGUGUAAUCAGUUAGUGUAGUGAGUGUAGCGUUCAACCACGGCCACGCAUACCAGCCCGAUGGUAUAUGGCUACCCAGUGGUUCAACGUUAUUAUCCGGUGCCAGAACGAGCCGAAUCGGAUGAUGAGAUUGAAAGUUGGGUUGGGGAAUGCACACACACACCUCAUCUCAUCAUACUCCACACCCAACUAAGCCCACACAAGCAAGCGUACAUGCAUAUGUAUUUUCUGUUAAUGAUUCUAUUAAAUUAUUUAAUUGUA